UUGACUGCACGAAAGAUAACGUCAAACAGAAAAAACUUCGUAAAUUUCCAAUACAAAACAAGAUGUCUACAUUUAGUUCAUAAUUUUUGCAAAAUAUAAGUGGAAAUAUAGAAUUAUCGCAUCGCAUAACCAUUUAUGCAAAUAAGUGAGUCAAUCUCAACCAUGCUAAGGAUUCGUCUCAAAAUGGGACCUUCAAUGAGAAACAAAGAGUGGACGUGUUGCUUUGGUCUUCAUGUCCGUACAGUCACCAUUAUCAUAGGCGUUUGGCAUCUGUGCUUAAACCUAUUGGCCCUUGGAAUAAUUUCGGUAAUAAUUCGGACCAACAAUUAUCACCUUUUAAUGGACGAUAUGAAUGACGAUGGUGAUAGUGAUACCGAACAAAUAGCACCGAUUUUGCCGACACCGUUAAGCAAAGUUGAUCGCCCAUAUGCUUAUAUUGAACGUUUCCAGCAAACAGGACUACACAGCAAUGACGUUGAUAUGAGUGGACUUGUUUUCUUAUGUAUGAUAGCCGUUACAUUAAUGUUAAUUUACGGAGCGGUCAAGGGUAAACCCUCCCAUUUGCUGCCAUUUUUCUGCUUACAAAUAUUUGAUUUCGCCAUUGCCACUUUAACCGCUGCAAAUCACUUAUGUUACAUAAAAUCCAUACAUAUGUGGAUUACGGAGAGCCAGAAUAGAUUACCUUGGAAGGAAGAGUUGGCAAAACUAAAUCCACAAACAUUAUCAGUAUUGGUUUUAAUUGGAUUUAUCCUUUUUAUUUUUCUCAAAGCAUAUGCAAUUGGCAUUGUUUGGCGUUGCUAUAAGUACUUGACAUUCAGGCAGCACAAUUUACGGUCUAUGCUACCAUAUAUCAUUCCUGAUACCCCGGAAGCUGCUAAUGUACGACAGGAACGCGACAAUAAUUAUCUUCUACCAGACUAUGAUGAAGCAGUCGCUCAAAACUUAAAAUUGGCACCUCCUCCGUCAUACGUUGUUGCAAUGGCUAUGAAUAACAAGGACAUGACACCGAACGACACAGAAUCAGCUCGUGGAAAUUCUGUUCUUAGCGUUAAUGACAACAUUAGCCUCUCAGAUCCUCCACCGUACAAUGAUGUGGAACAAAAUGAGACUUCGUCUGCAGAAAACCUCUCGAUCAUUCUUGUCGAAGCUACCACUUCGACCAACACUGGAGGCUCACAACAACCACAUGAAUCGAAUAGAAAUUAACCGCUUUUGAUAAUAACCGUUAAAGUUAGUCAUACAAAUUAAGCGUUUAAUGGAAAUUAACUAUUUGAUGGGGUUUGAAGUGAAAGGGUGCAAGUGAAAGUACAUUUUUUUAUUAUUCUGAUUAUUUAAAACAUUUUUUAAACAUGUAAUGAAGACGAUAUAUGUAACAAUUGACCUUUCCCGUCAGAGAUUUCAUCUCGUUUUAUUGUCUCAGUAUUCUUUUGAAAAAUCGAAAAUUAAAAACAAGUAUGGGUUAUCGGGGCACCUAAGGAAAAAAAAUAACGCUGAAAAGCUAAAAAAAAUCAUUCAAAUAUAGUAUGACUUAUACUGUUACUUUCCACAUUACGUCGAUGCAAAUGCGUUUGGAAAUUGUUAGAAUGUAUUUUUGAUAAUGUAUUGACUUUAAUGUGUGUUCCCGACUAUAGACUUAUGCAGGGGUUCAUCGAAUUCACUCACCCGAUGGAUUUUGACAUUUGAGCGGGUCGUCUUCUCGAACAAAAGUUCAUUUUGCGUUCAUUAUGCGACCCGCUCAACGUCAUAAUUUCUUGGGGGAGUUCAUUUUGCGUUAGUCUAUACUGUAUGGGCCAUACCUUUUGAGGCAGUUUGUGGAGGUCAACUGCACCCACCGACGAGCAUUUUGAUAUAGGUAUAAAAAGGCUUGAAUUCAUUUUAUCAGCACCUUCUUAUAUGCCACAUUGGUCAGAAUGCUCGGAACGGUUGGUGUAAUUGACAUCCACAAACGUUAAAUCAGAGACUAACCCGCAAACAAGCUGGCGGCCAUUAUCGCUCGCGGAAAACAGGAUACGGUGCAAUAUGGGCCACUCUUCGCCGUUUGAACAGACCCAUUUUAAUUGAUCUAUGGUCAUUUUUUCUGUUCCGAUCACGGAAAUGCGGUAUUGUAAUGUGUCCGUAAUGAAUCUAACAUAGAUGAUGAUAUUCUUAUAACAUCCAUUAAUUAAGUAAAGUUUUUAGGGAAAGAGGGUUUUGCCCGAAGUGUGACGACUAAUACAACAUUUUCAGAUGCUUCAUACAAAAAAUGUGCAAAUGGUAAUUUUUUGCGUUACGUUAUUAAUGGAUCUUAAGUAUGACCAUCAGAGCCGUAGCGUGGACUUCUGGCGCCCUUGGCGAAACCUUUACUGGGCGCCCCUUUCUUGUAGAUGUUCAAAACAAAAACCGCAAUAAAAGUAGGGAGAUUUAAAAACAAUUAUUUGCGUGGCAUACCGAAUUAUUAAUUUAUGAAUUAAGCCUCAAUAACCUUUAAAUGUUCCAAUGUAGAGGUAGGAAGUAAGGAUUACUAAAAGUCAUAAAAUUCCUAGAAAUUCAUUGAAAUUUUCCUGAUUUUUUGAAUUCAAUAAACUUACGCAAAUAUCUACUUGAUCCAGUAGUGCCCGGAUUCUCGGCUAAAAAAAUCAGACUCGCUUGUUGUGAAUUCACGCACAAGUGGAUCUAGCUAGGCCAAAAAUGUGUGCUGGUCGGUGAUUGGAGGGGAUUAGUGCAAAAGGCCGAACAUGUUCUAGCAUACCACAAAAAGCCGAAAACCCAGAAGGCUGAACCACGAAAGGCCGAAUGGUACUAAAGUCUGAAUCUCAAAAUGUCAAAUAAUACGAAAGGCCGAAUUAUUACAAAAUUUUCAAUCUUUCCACCAAGAGAACUUCGAAUACUAAAACAAUUAUCCUUCAUUUUUAUUAUGCUGUCCCAUAAAGAAAAAUUUGACAACGUGUUUUGCAACUACUAGCGAUCUAAUCUGAUUCGCCGAUUUACAUCAAUGUACGAGUGGUGCGCUUCAUGACGCAUGGCUGUGCCAAUGAUGCGCAAACUCACGAUCUAAUUCCAAUUAUUAUGUUUUUAGCUAAAAUCUUUAUAAUUCACGAUAACGCGGUGUUGCCAAUUGUAUUUCAUUUUCUCUUAAGUCCUCCGACGAACUUCGUUUGGCCUAAAAUUGAUUUACUCUCUGAUUAAUUCCCGAGUGAUGCAGGAAUUUCUGUUUCAUUUGUAUGGGAGCCCCUCUUUCCAGAAGAGGGAGGGUUACCACCGAAACAUAUCUUAUCUUCAAAAAUCUCCACAUGCCAGAUUUGGUUCCGUUUGCUUGAUUAAUUCUCGUGUUGUGAAUAAAUUGGUGUUUCAUUUGUAUUUCCAAAGGAGGGAGAGGACUCGAACCAUCUUAAGAACCUUCCCCUGCCCAAAAAACCUAUGCAUACUAAUUUUUACGUCGAUCGGUUCAGUAGUUUCCGACUCUAUAAGGUUCAGACAGACAGAAAUUCAUUUUUAUGUAUAUAGAUGUGAUUCAAAAAGACCGAAUGAACUCAGCAGAGCAACAAAGUGGACCAGAGCGAGCGUGCGUCGGCCUUAUGUGGUUUCGGCCCGUUUUUGCUUUCGGCCUUUUAUAGUAGACCCGAUUGGAGCGCUAUCGGAACUAAACAAACAAAAUACUUGGAUUGGAUGACCUUCAGAAUCGCCAACUUCAACUCUGGAGUGAAUUGGUAGAUUGGAUUGGACCUAGUCGUAUCAAGGAAUUGGUAGAUUGGAUUGGACCUAGUCGUAUCAAGGAAAACCCAAGUCUGGAGUGGGUUGAUUAAUGGGCACAAUAGUCUUCAGUCUGUCGGUUUAGUGGCACUGUUGGAUUUUCUUGGACCAAUGCCAUCAUUAUUGAAAUCUGUUGAUGCAAAUUAUUGUAUCCUGUAUGCUGUAAGAUGAGUGACGUCAUUUCAAAUACUCAUCUUCGUAAAGUCAGUUAAUACAGAACUAAGAGAAAAAAUCACGCGCAGUAAGCGGAUCGGCCGGUCGUCAAAAUUUAGUUUUGCUUUGUGCGGAAGGCAAAACGAUCGGCCGGUCGCUGUAAUUUUGAUCUGCUUUGCGCGGUUGAGUGAAUAAAUUAGAAAGUGAAAGUUUCAGACAGCGAGAGUAUUAUUUCCCAUCCCAUAGAUCGCAUCACUCACCGAAGUGAAUCCAGAUAAAUUAUCCUUUGCAACUAAAACGAUAUCCUAUCUCAAGACAAUCGUGGAGAUACACAGGUAUACUCGGUCUCUAGUAGCGAGAGUCAGACGAACAAUCCUUCCCUUCCUAUAUGGCCGGCGCCGUUAUUGACUUUAGAUAUUUGAGCUCCCGAAACGUGUACAUUGAGAAUGGGUAGCUAGUCCCAAGCCCCAUUUAUUGUGCUCUCUGUGCAAUUUCGCAAGUUCUAGUCAAUCACGGAGUAGCAACUACGAAUUGUGCGGUCAUAAUGCUCAUACUCAUGCUCAUGCUCAUCAACUAAGAGAAAAAAUCACGCGAGUUUGAGUGAGUUUGAGAAUAUUUUGUGAUCAUUUCCCAUAGCGACAUUCUUGGUUUUGGCGCCCCCCUAAGGCCAGGCGCCCUUGGCGGGGGCCAACCUGGCCAACCACACGCUACGGCGCUGAUGACCAUAUUGCCUCAUAGAUAUUUGGUUUUGGGAAAAAAAUGCGAAAAAUUCAGAUUUGCAUCAAAUAUGUGUGCACAAUAUUUAAUUAUAAAAGAUCUUUCCUGACGUAAUCUGAAAAAAGUGACGUAUGCGCCAUUUUACAUCAUACAUGUUUUAAAUUUUUCUGUUAAAUAGUAAGAUGAGCACCCAAAAAAAUCUGCACGUUGUUUCCACCUGAAAAACUACGUAGAUUUUUGCCACCUGAAAUUCACGUAACUUUCAUCUGAUUUUCCGGUAUAAUUCUGAUUCUACGUGAAAAUCAGGUAAACUCUACCUUGGAUAAAAUUCACCGGACUCGUAAGUUUCACCUGAAUUUUCUGAAGGAUUUACAGUUACGUGUGCACGUAGAAUGCACCUGAAAAUUCAGGUGGAAAGAACGUUUAAAUUAUUUGGAGUGAGUACUACUCGUUAACACCAUUUUUGUAAAUAGCGUAUACGUCAUUUUGCCAGAUUACGGCAGUUUUGAUUGUGAUGCAUUUUUGAAAAAGAUAUUUUAGUUACCAGAUAAAGAUUGUCGCUUCGGUUCCCUUUGUUCUGCUGUCCGAAACAUGUGUGAUACAUAACUGUCAAAUCGUAUGUAUUUUUCCUUCGUUGACAUUUAGAUCCCCUAUCCUCGCCAGCAAAAGAUGUUCCGGACAACGAUGACAGCGACAAUGUUUAUCUUGUAACUAAAAUAUCUUUUAUUUUUGACCAGUAUUUUGUUCAGUAUUGUGUAAAAACCAUAAAUAUUUAUAAACUUCAAAUAUAUCUUAUGAUACAGGGUGACAAAUUUUUGCAGUAAUCGUAAAAUGUAGCAAAUUUACACCAGUUAUAAAUAUCCAGUAUUUCCAAGUAUAUUUGAAUCUUUUUCUGCAAUCAUAGAAAAAAUCUGUCUGAAAUCUUGACUGCAAAAAUAUCCAUUGCUGACAGAUAUGUCUGAAUCUUGUUAUCCAAUUUAAAAAAAAAACCGAACCUUGUAAUUCUGCCAAUGCAACCAAAAAAAUUCAAGUGUAAUUUCAUGUUUGAAUUGAUUUGAAUUUUAUUGCGGUUUUCACGUUCAGGCAUAUGUGGAACAUUCUCUCAAAUAUCAUAUAAAGUUGACAUGAUAAAACUUGCCAAUAAGCUCAAAUUGAGGGUGACCGUAUGUUCAUACUGUGCUGCAAUGUUCACUGGCCCAAGAAAAUGGCCUCAUGUUGAUCCAAAAUCGGUCGAAUUUUAGGUUAAAAUAAAUUGCAGUGCUUUUUCGAUUUGUUUUUUAAAGCUGGAGUCGUAAAAAAUUCAGGUUCUUGGGAAAACUGACCUUCAAUAAAUUAAAGAAUCGGUUGAGGCGAACCCUUCAGGCCGGUUCACACGUGCAGCAUUUUCUCAGUUUUUAUUUACGAUUGGUAAAUAAAGCGAAAUAAUAUCUUUGACAGAAAUCUAGGAAGCUUGAACCAAAGAUGGCAAGAAGUUCCUUCCUUCCUCAAAUACCUUAAAUUGUCUGGCCCUCGGAUUCAUAAACUUACUGUACAAUUGAACUUUCUCGUCAAAAUUUUUCAUUCGCCCAAUCGAUUCUUUAUUUUAUUUAGGGUCAACUUUCCCACACAACCCUUAUUUUAUGACGCCAUUAAAUAUUUUUAAAAUUUAAAACAGUAAAUUAAAAAGUGCUGUUUUUGAAGAUUGGCCCAACAUUUGCCCGAUUUAGAACGAAAAUCCGGGAAAGUUGACCUUUAAUAAGCCAAAUAAUUGACUGAGACAACAAAACGAGAUACAAUUUUCGACGGUGAAGGUCAAUUCAGUCGAUUUCUUCAAAAUAUAUAACAUUAUAACUGAUAAAUCACACAAUAAACAA